GGGCUGUAAAAAUAAACUAAUGGCGAUGAAUUUUCCACUCCUGUGACGCGUAGGUCCAGGGCCACAACCGAGGAAAUAUGUAGACAUCUCUUAGGACGUUUGUGUCACUUCGUCAGCAGCUCUCGCCAUGGGGAACAAAAGCUCCAGUGGGACUGAGGCGAGGAAACUCUUCAUCAACAGCCCCGAUGACCCGGUCACGGUGCAGACGCACAAAAAAUUUCCGAAAAAUAGGAUUGUCACGUCAAGGUACAACGUUUUGACGUUCGUGCCACUGAACUUGUUCGAACAAUUUCAAAGGAUAGCGAAUUUCUAUUUCCUAUGUAUGGCCAUAACGCAGCAACUUAUUGACAGCCCUGUGGACCCGACGACAAGUUUGAUUCCUUUGGUAUACGUGGUGCUCUUGACGGCGCUCAAACAGGGCUAUGAGGACUUCCUUCGGCACAAGGCGGAUCGGCAGGUGAACAAUGCGCCGGUGAUCGUCGUAAGAAAUGGAAAGGAAGAGACCGUGAAAGCCUGCGAUUUACGAGUCGGGGAGAUAGUGAAAAUCUUGGACGAACAGCCUGUGCCUUGUGACAUCCUUUUGAUUUCCAGCAGCGACGACGCAGGAAUUUGCUAUGUGACUACGGCUAACUUGGACGGCGAAACCAACCUGAAAACCAUGAAAUGCCCGCGGUCGCUGAGAAACUAUCGGACGUUGUCCCAGCUGGAGAAGUUCAAGGGACGGGUCGAGUGCGAUCCACCGGCUGUUGACCUCUACUCAUACCAUGGAAAGGUAGAGACUCUGUCGGGCGAGAAAAAAGGCGACGCCGAGGCAUUGGAAGCAGACAAUCUGUUGCUGCGUGGCUCCAAAGUUAAAAACACCCAAUACGUUUACGGUGCCGUCAUUUAUACCGGUCAGCACACAAAGUUGGCUAUGAACUCGAAGCCACCCAAGAAGAAGUUUUCGACUGUUGAAAAAACGGUGAACAGGUUUCUGAUUUUCCUCCUAUCCGUCCUUGUCUUCGAGGUGGCGCUCUGCAGUGGGCUGAAAUACGGCCUUGAGGCGACGCGGGCUUUUGACAUGCACACACAGUACAUGCCACCAAGGCCGGUGGUGGAGGGUGGCCGGAUUGUUGAAGACAUUUUCUCAUUCGUCGUAAUUUUCAAUUACAUUAUUCCUAUAUCGCUCUACGUGACUAUGGAACUGCAAAAGUUCAUUGGGAGUGUGUUCUUUGGAUGGGAUUUGGCUAUGUACUCUGAGGACUUGGACGAAAUUGCAAUUUGCAACACUUCCGAUCUGAACGAAGAGCUUGGUCAGGUCGAGUAUUUGUUCACAGACAAAACUGGCACGCUGACCGAAAACGAUAUGGUGUUCAGAAGAUGCUCAAUUAACACACAGUGCUAUGAAGAAUUGAGUGGAAACUUGAGACGAUAUGACGAGUACAACUCUGACCCCGUGAAAACCAUGUUUAACCUUGCCCCCGAGGUGGAGUUUUUCUUUUUCACUCUGGCCACGUGCCACUCGGUGCAAGUUGCCCAGGACCAGGUCAAAGGCACUUCGAACUUGGAAUAUCAAGCCUCUAGCCCUGACGAAAAGGCGCUGGUCGAGGUGGCCCAGAGGUGUGGUGCGCAGUAUACAGGUGAGAUAACGGAGCAGUUGAUGAUCAAGAUGGGAGACGGCAGAAACGUAAAAGUCAAGCGGCUGGAGACAAUUGAUUUUACUUCAGAACGCAAAAGGAUGACGGUUGUGAUUGAGGACGACAAAGGACAGAUUUGGAUCUUUUGCAAGGGGGCAGAAUCAAUUGUAGCGCCCCUUUGCACGAGCGGCCCGAUUGAAAAAACACUCGAACACGUUGGAGAUUUUGCAGUCCUGGGUCUGAGAACCCUUGUGAUUGCCCGACGAGCCGUGAGCAAAGAGGAAUGGAACAGUUUGAACAAAAGUCUGCAAGAUGCCAGACAGAUGGUGGGAGAAAACCGAGCAGCAGCUGUGAGGGCGGCAAAUGAGGCCAUCGAACAGAACCUGGAGCUGAUUGGAGCCACUGGUGUUGAGGACAGACUGCAACCUGGAGUUUCUGAAACGCUGGAGAGUCUCGGCAUUGCCGGAAUCAAGGUUUGGGUACUGACAGGGGACAAGGUGGAGACCGCCAUCAACGUGAGCCUCUCUUGCAAACAUCUCAAGCCAGAGACUGUUCAGCUCAUGCUUGUCGAGCAGAAGAGCAGCAAACAUUGCAUCGAUGAGCUUGAAAACCAUAAGAGACAAAUCUUGAGCGACCCGCGGAGGAGUUACAGUCUAAUCAUUGAUGGAUCAAGCUUGGCAAUGACCCUGACGGACGGACCUGAGCUUCUGCAAGAAGUUGGUUCAAUGUGUGCCACGGUUUUGGCGUGUCGUCUGUCUCCCCUUCAGAAGUCCGAGGUCGUGCAAUUAAUGAAAGGGUCAAAGGAUCGUCCGACGACUUCUGCCAUUGGGGACGGCGCCAAUGACGUGUCCAUGAUUCAGGAGGCGCAUGUCGGAAUUGGCGUGGUCGGAAAAGAAGGCAGGCAGGCUGUGCUCAGCUCAGACUUCGCGAUUCCUCGAUUCCAGCACCUCAGGCGUGCCUUUUUGGUCCACGGUCACUGGUACUACCGCAGAGCAGCAUUAUUGGUCGAGUAUUUCUUCUACAAGAACAUCGCAUACGUCACACCGCAAGUGUUUUUCCAAUUUUUCAACUACUUCUCGACCACGGCGCUUUACGACGGAUUCUACAUUACUUUGUACAACGUAACAUUCACCUUCUUGCCUGUUGUUAUCUUCGGAAUUACUGAACAAGAUUUGAGCGCCGACACUCUCCUCGCACACCCAGAAAAUUAUUUAAAGCACCGGAAAAACAGUUUGAUGACUUGGCCCAAAUUCUUGCUUUGGGUCUCAUUAGGGUUCUGGCAUGCGGUUUGCAGUUACUUCGGAACUAUGGGUUACUUGCAAGUUAACAGCACUGCACUCAACGGGGAUGGUUCCGACGCGGGUCUUUGGAUUAUCGGCACUGUGUGCAUGCACAACGUUGUUAUGAUAGUCAAUUUAAAAAUCAUGCUCGCUAGUCGCUUCUGGACUCUGCCGCUUUUCGGCAGCGUUCUUCUUUGCAUGAUCAUACUUUUCACGGGUUGUGUUAUUCUCUACUGUUACUUGCCGGGAUUUGCUCUUGGCGGCCGGAAUACCGACAAGCUUUGGGGCUACAUUGUGCUAAUGGAGUCUCCCAACUUCUGGCUUUUAACUUUGGUGAUCGUCACCGCUGCAUUGAUACCCGAUUUCACGAUUGAAGCAUGGCAGCAAAUGGUUCCGGACGGAACGUUCACACUGAGCAACGUGAAAAAGAUGUUAAAAAUCGGCGGAAUGAAGAGCAAUCUUAUGUACAACUCUGCAUCGAGAAAAUUUAGCGUAACAAAGAGCGGGAAGAGUGACUACAACACUUAUUUUUGAAUGAAGCGUGAAUCGAACGACUGCGAUCAACUGAGGAACAAAAACGCGCAAUUUUCACCAAGCAGCGAGAACUCUCUCGAUCAGCAAAAUAAUUGUGUACAAAGCUAACACAGCAAUGAGGAAACGUCCGAGAGCAGGAUGUUUCGAACCAACCAACAAUCGCGCUCUACGUCGCCAUAUUUUUAACUUUUACUUAUUUAUUUUGUACGCUUAAGGAAAAAAAUAGAAGGUAACAUUUUCAAGGAUACAGUUUCCUUGAUCGUCAGCAAUAUUUUUGUAUUCUAAUAUCUAUUAAAUGCCGAUGAUCUAAAUAAAGAAAAGUGAUACUAGUAUAGUGAGA